AUGGCAUUGGUGAUGAUGCUUCCUCAAACAAAUGAUUCACAAGAUACUACUAUUAUCAAACUUGAAUCAGCAUAUUCUGAUUUAGAAUCACUUCUUCAAUCAUCAAAACAAAUGGAACAAAACAUCGAAACAAUGGAAACAAGGUUUGAUCUUUUACAAGGAUCAAUCACAACAGCAUCAAGAAGAAUCAAUCCUUUACAAUCCUUAUCCAUGUCAAGAAAAGCACUUGAUACAAGAAUCAAUAGAGCGAUUUCCCCGGCUCUUGCUCUUCUCGAAACAUUCAAACUCGCGGAAUCGCUUCAAAACAAUCUCCUUAACCUCUCUUCAAAGCUAUCAUCAGAAAACUCACAUCAAAGAGGCUUCAGAAGCUUCUAG